AUGUCCGAGUCUCCCAGAUCCGAGAGGUACAUGUACCUAACUAGGUACAGUACCCCGGUACCCGAACUGGAUGAUCAUCGCCUCCAGAUGCAGACGCCUCCACGCAUUGAGGCCCCGAUCGAGCGCGCUUAUAGCCCGCGCGAUACCACUCAAGGCCCUGAAAUGAUCGACCGUCCAGACUUGCUCAAUCCACAGGAUGCCCUCAGGGACGGUCCGAUCCCCCGAGAUUUCGAAAAUGCUAUGGAAGAUGAUCGCUCGAUGAACGAGUUGAAUGGACUCGGUCGACGGUUCUCAGUCGACCCUAAUGGCACUUACCAAACUCCUCGUCGCAUUAGCAUUGUGAACCCGGAUCUUGCCAACGCUUCCUGCGCCUCGUCUGUGUCUGCUCGAUCAUCAUCUCCUCCCAAUUCAGUUGAGGCUUUUGCCGACCCGCGUCGCCGUGAGCGCGCCAAUACCCUGGACAGCCAUGCACCUCCCGACCUGGAAGCUAUUCUGCAGCGCACUGUAUCGGGUGGUACCCACAACCGUCGCCCAACUUUCAGCAACGCUAGUGUCGUUCGCCCUCAGUUAGGUGAUGUGCCAUUCGACACGGCAGAGGAGGCCUGCUUCGAAGAGCCAGGCCGUAUUCCGGUCAUUGAUUAUGAGGAACUCGAGGAGUUUGUGGCUCUGAAUCCAAGCACUAAAGUUAUUGAUGGUGAUCGCCGCAAGCACAGCAUGAGCUCGCAGAGCAAGAGGCCCCGUAUCUUUUACGACCUCCGCCCUGGCGCUGAAAGCCCUGAGAUGGGUGCAAUUAAAAAGACUGUCUCGUCGGAUACACUGAGUGAAGAUGGAAAGAAGGACACCGAGGUCACAAACGAAAAGGAGUGGGUUAAACCAACUCAGAAUACAAACCAGCGCUCUCGCUUCGGGUUCUUUUCGUCCGAAUCUCAAAGCACGGUGCAUGCUGCCGAUUUGGGAGAUCUGGUGCUCCCUGGCGAAACCUUCCGAGAUCUGUUUGAGCUUGGACCUGAGGGAGGUGUGUGGUGGUUGGAUGUGGUCAACCCCACUGACGAGGAAUUGGGAGCUAUCUCCCGGGCUUUCUCGAUUCACCCGCUGACAACGGAGGAUAUUCAAACCCAGGAAGCCCGCGAGAAGGUUGAACUAUUCAAGCAGUACUACUUUGUCUGUUUCCGCACUUUCUUCCAAAUGGACAAAACCAGCGAGGAAUACCUUGAGCCUGUCAAUUUCUACAUGGUUGUCUUCCGAGAUGGUGUCCUCACUUUCUCCUUUGAGGAAAACCCUCACGCAUCCAAUGUUCGGAAACGUAUUGGAAAGCUGCGAGACUAUGUGUCUCUCAGUAGUGACUGGAUUUGUUACGCGAUGAUUGACGAUAUUGUGGAUAGCUUCGGCCCCGUCAUUCGCGAUGUGGAAUUGGAGUCCGAGGCGAUCGAAGACCAUGUCUUUAUCGCCCGAGUUGACGAUUUUGAAUCGUUCCUCCCUCGCAUUGGAGGCCUGCGCAAGAAGGUCAUGAGCUUGAUGCGCCUGCUAGGCGGCAAGGCCGAUGUCAUUCGUGGAUUCUCCAAGCGCUGUAACGAGCAGUACUCAGUUACUCCUCGUGGUGAUAUUGGUCUUUAUCUCGGCGAUAUUCAGGAUCACGUUGUGACCAUGAUGUCGAACUUGGCGCAUUUCGAAAAGAUGCUCAGCCGAUCUCAUACCAAUUACUUGGCCCAGCUGAAUGUCACCAACUUGGUGUUGGGAAACCACGUCAACAAGGUCCUCAGCAAGGUCACUCUGAUUGCUACGAUUCUGGUCCCCAUGAACCUGAUCUGUGGUCUGUUCGGUAUGAACGUAGAAGUUCCUGGCGCCCACACAGAAGGAUUGACGUGGUGGUUCGGUAUUCUUGGAGUGAUGGCAGGUAUUGUCAUUGUGAGCAUUGGCCUAGCCCGCUGGCAGAGGCUGGAAGAGGUUUACAGCUGGUGUAUAACACCGCUUGCCCGUGAUAUUUUUACUCGCGAACCCCAAUUCUGCCCGUUGGCUGUACAGCGACACCCUCCCCUCCGUCUUUCCAUGCGACAUCAAUAUAACGCGCUGCAGUGUUAUCUUACUGCAACGAUUAGCGUGAUCUUCCUUCUUCUCGUACUCACCUGCAACUCGGUCGCCUAUGCCGAUGCCCCCCAUGGCCCGGAUACGGAGAAUUCCUUAAACCUCCGCGGCGCGGUUACCAGCGACGGAGCGGGACUCCCAUUUGUGCUAGACUCGUUCAAUGGGCUGGAACUUCGCGACAGCGUCGACGAAGAUGGCGAGUCAAAUGGCCUAGAGCUCGUACGCAGAUACCCUAAUAAUGCGAAAGCAUUGGGCAACAAUCAAUUCGCGCAGGGUGAGCUCGAGGGCGGCGCUGUCCAAUGGUUCUACCUAACCGACACCGUGGUGAACGGCAAACAUGACCCCGAAGGCACGGGCCUUCCUGCAUACGUGAAUGCUACAGUCGAAGAUGAGGAUGACCCGAUCUAUGAGCCAUGGAAACGAGAAGGGAACUUCUCGAAGCGAGCGAUGACGACAGUUUACUUAUCGCUCACGACCUGCCAGAAACCCAUUACAAACAAAACCAACACACAAGAUGGAUUCCCGCAGUUGCAGAUGUAUGUGUCGACUUCGGCAAAACUGCAACAGCCAGGACCGGGCAAAGACAACUCGCAGCAGGAUAUACACACUGCCGUUGGCGGGUAUAUGGGAUUCACCAUUGACGCGGACAGCGACGUCUUCAUCGGCGUCGCAGCGCCUAACUCGACCACCUACACGGGAAUUUACAAGUACCAGAUUGCAGCGUCCAUCGAUGCCUAUUUUCACAAUGUGGUGGACGAUGAACCGAAUUUAUUCUUCAUCGACGCGGACAUAUCCGCCGCGCUCCUGGUGACGAACAACCUAACCCAGUCCCUGAGAAACUCCACAAAUUACCAGCAAUGGAUGAAUUUGGUCCCUCCAUAUACCAUGUUUGCCCACAACAUCAACGAUACAGCGCUGGAGGGUUUGGAGAGAUCGUUCUGCGCCCUUGAUGAGCUUUCGCAGAUGGGCCGCAUCAGUAAUUCAACUGAGGUUGGCAUGACUAACCGCGGACUUGGGAACAAACCCAAAGAACAGUUCUAUAUUACUGGACUCAACCAAAGUUCUUCGUACAGCGGUAUUCUGGCCAUGGUAGGCAAUUCGACUGCGAAUGGGAAUGGCAUCAUCGGCGGCGGCGGCAAGGUAUGGCAACCGAUGAAUUUCACGACCAAAGCAGACGACAACUGCGCCGUGCUAUUCAACCUAACCUUCUGCUCGGAAGUCGCAUACGCAGUACCCUCAAACCCUGAACUAGGCGUCGGUCAGCUCCGCAAAAUCUACGAUGACUAUGCCGCCGCCUUCUACCAAAAUUUCAGCUACUCUCUCCAACAAGUCCAAUGCACAACAAACCCAGAAUCGAUGUUCUCCCUCGCCGUCGACUGCGAUGACUGCGCAAGAGCCUACAAACAAUGGCUCUGCGGCGUCACAAUCCCCGCUGCGCGGACUAUAGCAGCGACGCCGACUACCUGGCGGUCCGCUUUCAUCAAUGGCUCUUCCCUGCCAGAUGACAGUCCACACCGCCAAUUGGUAGCAUCGAAUACAUCGCGCAAUGCUAUCAUCGAUGAGCAGAUCAAGCCCGGUCCCUACAAGGAGAUCAAGCCCUGUCAAGAUAUCUGUCAUACCCUUGUUAAGAGUUGUCCGUCUUCACUUGGCUUCGGGUGUCCCGAGGGCCAGUGGCUGAAUUCUUCCUACGGCUCUCGGAAUGACAAAGGCAUUAUUACUUGCUCUUAUCUUGGGGCUGUGUAUUAUUUGAAUCUCGGGGUGAAGUUGAGUGCUCGGGGUUGGUUGUUUAGUUUGGUGGUUAUGGGAGUUGUGUACUUCCUAUAA